GCGGCGGCGGGCGGCGGCGGGCGGCUGGGUAGACACGCGCCGGCCUGACCCUAUGCGGUGACUCGCGCGGCGCAGGAGCCUCCUGCCCCGCCGGCGGGGCCCGGGCUCCCCGCGGCGGGAUGUUCUCCCGAAGGAGCCACGGGGAUGUGAAGAAGUCCACGCAGAAGGUGCUGGACCCCAAGAAGGACGUGCUGACCCGCCUGAAGCACCUGCGGGCGCUGCUGGAUAACGUGGAUGCAAGUGAUCUUAAGCAGUUUUUUGAGACCAACUAUUCUCAGAUAUAUUUCAUCUUCUAUGAAAAUUUUAUAACACUGGAAAAUAGUUUGAAAUUAAAAGGGAAUAAUAAGUCACAAAGGGAGGAGCUGGACUCCAUCCUCUUUCUUUUUGAAAAAAUACUGCAGUUUCUACCUGAACGAAUUUUCUUUCGAUGGCAUUACCAGAGUAUAGGCUCAACGUUAAAGAAGCUUCUACACACUGGAAAUUCUAUUAAGAUAAGAUGUGAAGGAAUCAGGCUGUUUCUCCUGUGGCUUCAAGCACUUCAGACAAACUGUGCAGAAGAGCAGGUGCUGAUCUUUGCUUGCCUGGUGCCCGGUUUCCCAGCCAUCAUGUCGUCCAGGGGGCCCUGUACACUGGAGACACUCAUCAAUCCUGGCCCCAGCGCAGCUGACGCAAAGAUAUAUCCAGAAGAAAUCACGCCACUCCUGCCAGCCAUAUCAGGGGAAAAGAUCACCGAGGACCAAACGUGCUUUUUUCUUCAAAUACUGUUGAAAUAUAUGGUUACUCAGGCCGCAAGCUUGGAGUGGAAGCACAAGGAGAAUCAAGAGACUGGUUUUAAAUUUCUUUUUACAUUGUUUAGAAAGUAUUACCUUCCUCAUUUGUUUCCAUCAUUUACCAAGUUAACAAACAUCUACAAGCCUGUGCUUGACAUCCCCCACUUGAGACCAAAGCCCAUGUAUAUUGCUACAACUCGAGACAGUGAGAACACUUACAGCACAAAAACCCCAUACAUGGCAGCUCGUGUUGUUUUUAUUAAGUGGAUCGUGACUUUCUUUUUGGAAAAAAAGUAUCUAACUGCAACACAAAACGCUAAGAAUGGAGUUGAUGUAUUGCCCAAAAUCACUCAGACCGUCGGGGGUGGAGGUGCGGUGCCGGAGCGGGCGCCAGAGCUGGAGGGCGGCGGGGCAGCCGAGCAGGACAGAAGCCACUUGGACAGCAGCACCCUGUCCGAGCGCCGGCUCAGCAGCUGCAGCAUCUGUGGCGUUGAGGAGGAGCACCGCGCCGUGUACGAGAUGGUCCAGCGCAUCCUCCUGUCUACGCGUGGCUACGUCAACUUUGUGAACGAAGUGUUCCGCCAGGCAUUUUUGCUGCCUUCCUGUGACAUAGCUGUAACCAGAAAAGUAGUUCAAGUGUACAGAAAGUGGAUCCUCCAGGACAAACCUGUGUUCAUGGAGGAACCAGACAUAAAAGAAGUUGCCCAAGAAGAUGCUGAGAAAUUAGGAUUUUCAGAGACUGAUAACAAGCAGACCUCAUCUGAAAGUUCUGGUCACAAGCGAUCUUCCAGUUGGGGACGAACUUAUUCCUUCACGAGUGCUGUGAGCAGAGGGUGUGUGACCGAAGAGGAGAAUAAAAACGUGAAGGCUGGGGCCCAGGCUAUGCUGCAGGUAUUUUUGACAAACGCUGCAAACGUCUUUUUGUUGGAACCGUGUGUGGAAGUUCCCAUGCUCUUGAAGGAGCAAGUUGAUGCAUGUAAAGCUGUUCUGAUUACUUUUAGGCGCAUGAUAAUGGAGCUUACAAUGAAUAAAAAGACAUGGGAACAGAUGUUGCAAAUACUACUCAGGAUAACAGAAGCUGUCAUGCAGAAGCCAAAGGAUAAACAAAUAAAGGACUUGUUUGCCCAGAGCUUGGCAGGGUUACUGUUUAGGACGCUCAUAGUGGCCUGGAUCCGCGCAAACCUCUGCGUGUACAUCUCUCGGGAGCUCUGGGACGACUUCCUCGGGGUGCUGUCCUCCCUCACAGACUGGGAGGAACUCAUCCACGAGUGGACCAGCAUCAUGGACUCCUUGACGGUGGUGCUUGCCAGGACUGUGUACGGAGUUGAGAUGACAAACCUACCUCUGGACAAAUUAAGUGAACAGAAGGAGAAGAAGCAGCGAGGCAAAGGCUGUGUUCCAGAUUCUCAGAAAGGAACCACCGUGGGGAGAUCGUUUUCUCUGAGCUGGCGGAGCCACCCCGAUGUGGCCGAGCCCAUGAGAUUCAGGAGUGCCACCACAUCCGGGGCGCCAGGAGUUGAGAAAGCGAGAAACAUCGUCCGCCAGAAAGCAACCGAAGUGGAAGAAUGCCUGCAGCCGGAAAAUGCAGCUGCAGCCGAAUCCGGCCCCCUGGCAGCAGCCGAGCAGCAGCCAAUGGUUCGGAGCAGCAGCAGCCCUGACGUCACGGAGCCACUGUGCUCAGAGGCCCCUCCGGGUCAAAAGGUAGAAAAUGCACAGAAUUUGAGUUCCUCAGAGCCCAGGUCUGUUCAGGAGAACAAAGGACAUGAGAAGAAAGAACAUGAAGGAAUAACAAUCUUAGUACGAAGAAGCAGCAGCCCCGCUGAAUUGGACUUGAAGGAUGAUUUGCAGCAGACGCAAGGGAGAUACAGGGGGAGACAGAAGAGUGACAGUGUCAGCAGUGACCCUGCUCUGGGCUGCAACACCGAGGCAGAGCCGUCCCUGAGCCCGUGGCAGAUGUGCGAGGAAGACCCGGAACUGAACACGCCCACGGAUGCUGUGACUGACUCCGAUGCCCGCCACUGGUUACAACUCAGUCCCACGGAUGCUUCCAACCUCACAGAUAGCAGCGAAUGCCUUGCUGAUGACUGUAGCAUAAUCGCUGGGGGGACCCUCACGGGUUGGCACGCAGACUCGGCCGCCGUGUUAUGGCGAAGAAUCUUGGGAAUCCUAGGAGACGUGAAUAAUAUCCAGUCACCCAAGAUCCAUGCCAGAGUGUUCGGCUAUCUCUAUGAACUCUGGUACAAGCUAGCGAAGAUACGGGAUAACCUAGCAAUAAGCCUGGAUAACCAGUCUUCUCCGUCUCCUCCUGCCUUGAUCCCACCCCUCAGAAUGUUUGCAUCAUGGCUAUUUAAGGCGACAACGCUGCCCGAUGCAUAUAAGGAAGGCAAACUCCAAGCCUACAAGCUGAUCUGCGCCAUGAUGACCCGACGCCAGGACGUGCUGCCCAACUCGGACUUCCUGGUGCAUUUUUACCUCGUCAUGCACCUGGGACUAACCUGCGAGGACCAGGAUAUCUUAAAUACCAUUGUAGGGCACUGCCCACCCCGCUUUUUCUCCCUGGGUUUGCCCGGCUUCUCCAUGCUGGUGGGGGACUUCAUCACGGCCGCUGCCAGGGUCCUCAGUGCAGACACGCUGGCGCCCCCUCGUUUGGAAGCCCUCACCAUUCUCGGGUCUCUGGUCUGCUUUCCCAACACCUACCGCGAGAUCCCUCUGUGGCAGCCGGUGCCCGAAGUUACUGAAGUCACCAGGGGAACAGAAGAUGUCAAGCACUACCUCAUAAGUACUUUACUGAAGAAUGCCACAGAGGAACCAAAUGAGUGUGCAAGGUGCAUUGCCAUUUGCUCCCUUGGGGUCUGGAUCUGUGAAGAGCUUGCACAGGGCACGAACCAUCCUCAGCUGAGAGAGGCCGUCAACGUGAUCGGCGUCACUUUGAAGUUUCCUAACAAAAUCGUGGCCCAGGUAGCUUGUGAUGUGCUUCAGUUGCUGGUUUCCUACUGGGAAAAGCUUCAGAUGUUUGAAACCUCUCUGCCUCGGAAAAUUGCAGAAAUCCUCGUGGCCACAAUUGCUUUUCUUUUACCAAGUGCAGAGUACUCCUCUGUGGAAACAGAUAAGAAGUUCCUCGUGUCCCUGCUGCUCUGCCUCCUGGACUGGUGCAUGGCGCUGCCGGCGGGCGCCCUCCUCCACCCCGUGUCCACGGCGGCCCUGGACGAGCAGCCCGCGGCCCGGACCCCCUUGCUGGAUUACAUCUACAGGGUUCUGCACUGCUGUGUUUGCGGCUCAAGCACGUACACCCAGCAGAGCCGCUACACCCUGACCCUGGCUGACCUGUCGUCCGCGGAUUACGACCCCUUCCUCCCACUGGCAAACGUGAAGAAUUCCGAGCCAGUCCAAUUUCAUUCAUCAGCAGAACUGGGCAACCUGCUUACUGUCGAAGAGGAGAGGAGGCGAAGGAGCAUAGAGCUGAUCCCGCUGACUGCGCGGAUGGUGAUGGCGCACCUGGUGAACCACCUGGGACACUUCCCCCUGCGCGGGGGCCCCGCCGUGCUGCACAGCUUGGUCAGUGAGCACCACGACAACACACACGCCGACGCUGCCGAGCUCUCCCCCGACGUGUUCAGGAGCCCGAACCUACAGUUGUUUGUGUUCAAUGACAGCACCCUCAUCUCCUACCUGCAGACACCCACGGCAGGUCCUCCCGGUGGGUCGCCAGAGGGCGCCCCCUCGGACGUGAGAGUGAUCGUGAGGGACAUCUCGGGGAAGUACUCCUGGGACGGGAAGGUGCUCUAUGGACCUCUGGAAGGCUGCUUAGCCCCAAAGGGUAGAAGUCCCUCGUUCCUGAUCUCGGGCUGGCAUCACCAAACACCUGGACCUCAGAGGGAUCUUUCUCAGACUGAGGAGGGGGAGGAUGUCCUCAACAAAUUACUUGAAAACAUUGGCCACACGAGUCCCGAAUGCCUUUUACCGUCACAGCUCCAUCUCAACGAGCCUUCCCCACCCCCGUGUGGAAUGAGCCGUGCCCAAGAGAAGGAAAUCACCGAGGUCCUCCUGCGCCAGAGCGCACAGGAAGACGAGUAUGUCCAGAGGUGCGACUUGGACGUGGCCAUGAAGGUUGCCAGCCAGGAGCCGCCAUCACCGGUGGAGCCCCGGGGAGCCUUUUACUUCUGCAGGUUGCUGCUCGAUGACUUGGGAAUGAAUUCUUGGGACAGAAGGAAGAAUUUCCAUCUGUUGAAGAAAAAUUCAAAAUUAUUGAGAGAGUUAAAAAAUCUGGACUCCCGACAGUGCCGUGAAACGCACAAAAUCGCGGUGUUUUACGUUGCUGACGGCCAAGAAGACAAGUGCUCGAUCCUUUCCAAUGAAAGAGGAAGCCGAGCGUACGAAGACUUUGUUGCUGGACUGGGAUGGGAGGUGGACCUCUCAACCCACUGCGGGUUCAUGGGCGGACUUCAACGCAACGGCAGCACGGGCCAGACUGCCCCCUACUACGCUACCUCGACCGUGGAAGUGAUUUUCCACGUUUCAACUCGGAUGCCAUCAGACUCAGAUGAUUCGCUCACCAAAAAGCUCCGUCACUUGGGGAAUGACGAGGUCCACAUCAUCUGGUCUGAACACUCCCGGGACUACCGCAGGGGGAUCAUCCCCACCGCCUUUGGAGACGUUUCAAUCAUCAUCUACCCCAUGAAGAAUCACAUGUUCUUUAUCGCGAUAACGAAGAAACCCGAGGUUCCGUUUUUUGGGCCCCUGUUUGACGGAGCAAUCGUGAGUGGGCAGCUCCUGCCAAGCCUUAUCUGUGCCACUUGCAUCAAUGCCAGCAGGGCCGUGAAGUGCCUCAUCCCCCUCUACCAGAGCUUCUACGAGGAGCGAGCCCUGUAUCUCGAAGCAGUAAUCCAGAACCAUCGCGAAGUCAUGACGUUUGAGGAUUUCACAGCCCAGGUCUUCUCCCCGUCUUCCAGCUACUCCGUCAGCGGAACUGAUACGUAAAGGCCUCAGCGCGGUAUUUGUACAAGAUUGGACGGUAAGACCCAGUGAAGUUCAAAAAGAUUCAUAGCUCCUUUUAUGCUGCAGGGAAGUCCAGAGCAAAGGCUGGAAAGAAAGACCUUGGUCUGUGGGUUCAUUCAGCAAACACCCCUGCACACACAGCUCCGGGCGGGGGUCCAGCCCUCUUCCAGGGGCCGUGGCACAUCCUCCCUCCAACCUGUGCCCACGUGGGCCUCCCUCUGCUUCCUUCCAGGGCCCUGGCCGCCAGGCUGAGCCUCCUGCACGGCGCCUCUCGGGGAGGGGGAGACGGUUGAGAGUCCCCCACUUCCCCACCCGAAUCCCCAAACCCAGACUCCGGGAACAUAGCUGCCCUGCUGGUGCCCUCAGCCGGUCUCCCCGUUCACCGUCUUCUGAGGUUGAAGAGGAAUCCCACCGAAAUGCUGUGAAUCGGACUUUCAAACUAGGCGGUGGCAUCUCAGGAACCUUGGGCUUCGAAAGAAGAAAAGAAAAGGUCGCCAACAACCAGAGACUGGCGCACUGUCACGCGGCGCCGGUGGGGCUGCCCUAGCAGAGGAAAAAGGAGAAGGUUCCGGGCUUUCCGGGAGGGCGGGGGGCAGGUGCCUCUGUCCCCCGGUCAUUUAUAAACCCAUCAUGUCUCACCGAGGGGCCGGCCAAAUGCCUCUCAGGUUGUUGGAGGAAUGUUCCCUGCCUUGAUUUUGCUCAUUCUUCUGUUAGGAUUUAUGGUUAGUCCAAAAUUUCAUCAUCAUAGAAAUUGGCUUUCCCUAGAGUCUCGAGCCCGGGAGAAGUUUUACCUGUGUUGCUGUGUGUAUUCCAUCUGGUUCCUGAUGCCCGCUUACUGGGGAGAGGUUGUCUGCCCCCGGCCCUGCUGGAGGCCCUCCAGGUGAUGACAGUGAAGCUUCUAUCACAGAGUGCUCACGUGAUUCUAGAAACACAGGGUCCUGUCCCUGCAAAGCUCCCGCUCAGGCACCUCCAAAGGCUUUGCCCUGUGGCGCCCUGCCGGCAGGGGCCUCACACCCUGCCGGUAGGGGCCUCACACACGUUUCCUGACACACAGAGCUUUAGGGUGACAGAUCCCGAGCAGAGGGUGUGUGAUCCCUACUUUGUACCCAUUUGCCUCCCCAAGGAAGGCCUGUUGCAUCUUUUUUUAAAAAAAAAAAAAAAGAAAGAAAGAAAGCCCCACCUUCCGUGUGUGCUUGCCGGGCGCUCUUGCUGGGGUCAUCGUGUUGGGUGCAGGCCCUCUGCUAGUCAUCCAGGCCCUCGGGCCAUCUGCGGAGUAAGCCCAGGGCUCAACAGGGGAGCCGCCAGCUAAGGGCUUGGAAAGGUCUCUGUGCACGUGCUUCCCCGCCCUCCCCUGCCCUCCGCCCCUCCACCCUUGCCCCCCCUGUGCACACCCCCAGCCUACCUUGGCCACCUUCCUGCUGAGCCCACUCUCCCGCAGAGCUGCCGUUUUCCCUGACCACCCAGGUCCAGGUGGCUGGGCUGGUACCGACGUUGGCAGGAGAGGUGGGCAGACCCAGGAGCCAGCCUUGGUGUGGGGACAGCGGAGAAAGACUUUCCUGGAAGGAGGGGACUUCUAAUUCUCGAGGGAGCUUGUUCAUCUGUUUUACAGAGGAUUGCAGGUGGACUUGAGGCCAGGCCCACAGAAAAGAGCAGCUCGAGCACUGCUGGGACCCGAGAGAACCAGCUUCAUCCCAAACAGAAGCCGCGCUCCGGGCUGGCCUGUCAACGGGGCCGAUUUGUUGCUUUAUUGGGGGCUUAGUGGCAACAUAAAGGGUGACUGGAAGUGACAGGCUUUUCUGCUGUGUUAGCAGCUGUCACGAUUCUUAUCUUCCCGGGCACCCCCUCCCCGACCGUAAGUGAUGUGGGCUGUUUGCUUGGUGCGCUUUGGCCCACGCAGCUCUGGAUUCAGCACUCUUGCCGCGGCUCCACGUGGCACCUCGUUCCUGCGGGUAGGGCAUCACAUGCUCCUGGGCUCCCAAGUGCCACGUAAGCUCUAGCUUCUGGGAGAAUGUGUCACCUUCAGGCUCUGGAAUACCCCUGUGGCAGAAUUCUUGGAUUUAGUCAGUGUCAGGAUUCAGAAUCGUAUUGAACCACCCACCCCCCCGCCCGACUCCUGCACCAUGAUUCCAUUUCAUCUCCAGGAACCAGUCCUGACCUGGAGUGGGAAAUCCGGUUGUAGGUAGAAAAUAGGUUGACCUUCCUAUAAUCCCUAAUGAUUUUUGGCAGCCCCGUGACCCUAGAAGACAGCCAGAAGGUUUAUGGCUCUUAGCAGUGACAGCUUUGGUUUGGAGAUGUGGAAAACCGGGAGACAGGAACUCUAGCGACCAGUUUUGCUUGCACCCAUAUGCACUUGAAUCGUUCUUGUUAUUUGGGGUGGAAAAUUGAAAUGAUCAAGUUUUUUUUUUUUUUUCACUUAGCAAAGCAAAUAUUGAGCUUCUGUAAUAAAUGCCUUUCAGCAAAAUUGCCGAGGAUCACUCAUCCGGUGGGGACCCCACCUGAGUCACAGUGCUGACUCGUCACAUCAGUAGGUCAGCCAUCUGUAAACAAAAGUGGCCCUAAGUGGCCCAAAAUAGAUAAGACUUGCUGGCUUCCAGGCAGGGCCAGGCCAGUCCCCUCACUUCUCUGCACGCUGAUUUCCAUCUGAAGCAAAGAUGUUGUUCUAUAGUCUCACUGAGUAGGUUUUUGUACUUAAAAAAAUAGUCAUUCCACAAAAUGAUGACAUUUUAAGUGGUAAAGCCUUAAGUAGAGAACAGUGAGGACUUGUAGCUCGGGUAAGCGACUGUCACAGCGUCUUCCUGCAGUUAAGGCUGCAGUUUCCAACGGCCACUGGGAAGGAGGGGGUUUCAGCCUUGACCCUGUGAGAGAGUCUGGCUUAUGGGACCUUAGCCUUACCAACAAGAUCAUGUGGAUCGGUAGACAAUGCAAAUCACAUCUUCCUGAACUUCCUCAGGUGUGACCACCCGUGCUUCAUUUACUGUCAUACCUGUAUCAUCUGGAGGUUUGAAGGAUGCUUUCCUGUUUACUGUGAUGUCGUAGAUGUCACUGUGCUACCUUCAUAGCUACUGAAGGGGAAUGUCCACAUCCGAAGGGAAAUUCAGCAGGAAACAGCCAUGUUUCAGUUGCGCUCAGUACCUGUGUAUGACAGACACAUUAAGUGAAUGUUUUCUUAUGUUUUCAGGUCUACAAUAUUUAGUACAUGUGAAUGAGGAUGAAAUUUGAUAAACGUGGUAAAUUAAGUUAUAGGCUGUCAUUUGAUUUCUAUCUUGCUGUCUCUUGUUAUUUAAUUUUCCUGAUGCUCCACAUCCGGGCUUAUACCUCCAUUGGUGUAGACUUUGCCUGUAACCCACUUGGCAGGCAUGGUGCCCCGUGGCAAGGGGUGCCCCUCGCCUGGAGAAGCACACGGCUCACCGAUGGCCACUACCUGACUCUCCAGUUUGCCCUUUAAUUCUGAUUUACUG